ACCAGGGAAUUCGAUCGAGACCCUGCACACGGGCCUAUAAGAACCCACGUAUAGCUGCUCCCUUUUUCUCCACCAAAAACGCUCCACUACACCGAUCCAUCGUGUUGGCAGCGCAGCAUAGAACCAGAGAGACCAUGGUGGGCUACAGGUCGGCCAUGGCGGGCACCGUGCUGUGCCUUGUGGUGUCGUCGUCCAUGCUGGUAAUGAUGGUGGCUGCCGCUGCCGCCAGUGCGCGGCCGCCGGCGAUGUUCGUGUUCGGGGACUCGACGCUGGACGUUGGCAACAACAACUACUUGCCGGGGCCGGGCGUGCCCCGGGCCAACAGGCCCUUCUACGGCAUCGACUUCCCCGGUGCCGUUGCCACCGGACGCUUCAGCAACGGCUACAACAUCGCCGACUACCUCGCGAAGAGCAUGGGGUUCCCGUGCAGUCCUCCGCCUUAUCUAUCGCUAGCACAAAACACCGGCCGUCUGGUCCGGGCGGCUAUUGGUGGUGGUGUGAGCUAUGCUUCAGGAGGAGCUGGGAUCCUCGACUCCACAAACGCUGGCAACAACAUCCCGUUGUCGAAGCAGUUGGAGUACUUCAAAUCUACCAAGUCCCAGAUGGUCGCCAAGCUGGGCUCCCGCGCGGCGAAUCUCCUGCUCGCCAAGUCCGUUUUCCUCUUCAGCGUCGGCAGCAACGACCUGUUCGUCUUCGCGGUGGCGGAGCAGAAGCAGAACAAGUCGUCCGCCGACCAGCAGCGCGACGCGGGCGCCCUGUACGCCAGCCUCGUCUCCGGCUACUCCGCCGCCGUCCAGGAGCUGCACGCGCUUGGCGCCAGGAAGCUCGCCGUCAUCAACGUGGGGCUGCUGGGCUGCGUCCCCACGGCGCGGCUGAACGACGCGGCGGGCGCGUGCUCCGACGCGCUGAACCAGCUCGCGUCCGGAUUCGACGACGCCCUGGCCUCCAUGCUCGCCGGCAUCGCCUCCAGGCUGCGGCGGCCGGGCUUCGCCUACUCGCUGGCCGACUACUACGGCCUCUCGGCGGCGACCUUCGACGACCCGCGGGCAGUCGGGUACACGGACAUCGCCGGCGCGUGCUGCGGCGGCGGGCGGCUCGGCGCGGAGGCGCCCUGCCUGCCCAACGCCACGGUGUGCGCGAACCGCGACCAGCACGCGUUCUGGGACGCGGUGCACCCGAGCCAGCGGGGCGCGAUGCUGACCGCCCAGAACUUCUACGACAGCCGUCCGGGGCGGUACACCGCGCCCAUCAAUUUCAAGCAGCUGGCUCAGACAAGUUUAUGAUCUUCUACAGACUGAAUAUAUAGUAGAUUGGUGCCGUGUUUGUAUGUACUAUAGUACUCCUCAUGAUAAUUUGUUACGUACCCUGAGAGACACUACUACAAAAUUAUUAUUUGUAGAAGCGGGUACAAAUACAUUUAUAAGGCCGCA